CUCCUGAAAGGACCUUCUCCCCCCCCCCCCCCGUCUUCCUCCCCGUUCCUUUCCAUUCCUCUGCCUGAGAGGAAUAUAAAGUUAUCUGUCUUCCCAAGCGAUAUGAGGGCGGAAAUAAGUAGUUUGUCUAUAAAAAUGUCCAGGUACUUUAUCAGAGUCCCAGUAGGCCCCGAGGGCCUGACACUGUUCAAUGUGGCUCCGCUGUACUUCUGUUCCCUCCCUCUCUCCCUGUCUACUUUGUCUCUGCCAGAGGCCAGCUACUGGCUGGGUGGGGUGUAAGCUGGAGGAAACCCCCCUCUAUCCUCCCUCAACACACACACACACACACACGCAUGUUGGAUUGACUGGGGCUUGAGCCCCCAAGUGAGGCUAUCGAUUUCAAUCAGCGGCUUGGGAGAUAGGAGCUGAGUGAUGCUGUAGACUUUAAACAGUGGUCAGCUGUGCCGUUUGUUGUUUGGUGAAGAAAUGCCGCAGGAGGAGAGGCUCUUUGCCUCUGAUGAGAAGUUGGAUAAAGACACAAACAGAAUUACUUCUUCUGAGAGAUGUCUUCAUCUCCUGACUCUGUGGAGUUUUUUUUCUCUCCAUGGAAGCGUGGUCUGGAGGCCCGGUUGCUAAAAUCAACUACGAAACGUCGAGUGUCGUCAUUGUGCAUACAUGGUGGAAUUGUGGGAAGAUCGAAAACGGCGAUCUGCAGAGGAUAAACGACAUUGACGAGGAGUUUCUGACCUGCUUGUAUGUGGCGCUUGCAUAAAGUGCAAGGCAAAAAACAUGAGCACAAACUCCCUUAAUUUGGAUUUUAGGCUAUAGAUGAACACAAAGUUGCACAUAUUUGUGCAAAGUGGAGGGAAAACGAUUCACCGUAUUCUCAACAUCUGCAAGAAAUGAAAAUGUUAAAAGCACGCCAUGCAUUCACAUUCCCUUUUACUCUUCUACUGGCCAAUCAAAAUCCAGUUAAUCUCAGUUAAGUGAAGGCUUUAGCUUCGUUAGAGAACAUCAGUGAACGCAGCGGGAAUGGAUUUAUGGAGAAGUUGAAAACAGGGUUAGGCUAUAAAACCACCAGUGGUAGAGUUUCUCACUUAAAAUUCUUAAUCCAGUUAUUUGCAGGCUCUGUAAUUGAUUAAUCACAAUUAAUUGCAUAUUUUUAAAUCGCAAACCAUAUAUCAAUUAAAGAAGCAACAUUUUAAAUUCAAAAACCGUUUUUACUGCUAAAUUAUUGACUAAGUAGACAAAUAAACUGAAGGGACAUGGGAAACGUGUGAGAAGGUGCUCUGGUCAGAGGAAACUAAAAUGUUACUUUUAGAAUUGGGAAUAGAUAGAAAUGUCCUUUCUAAAAAAAAAAACCUCAGGGUUAACAGAAGCAUCAGGGCAUGUAGGUUCACACAAAGAUGAAAAGUAAAAACAUCAAACUGACAAAAUUAAGAAUAACAUGGUAUACAUCAAGGACAAAAUUACAACUUAAACGCAACAUGCAGUAGUCAGAAAUAGUGCACUGCAAUCCAAGGAAUGUGCAACUGAGUGGAAUCCUUUUUCAAAAAUCGACAUAAUGUGCAACAAUAUAUGAAAACUGAAAACAACAGAGAUGUAGAAAUAACAGCACAAACGUUAUUUAAGGUGAGUAAAUAAAUUUGGCCUGCAUGCAAAACGCACUAGGUGGGACAAAACUGCAACAGUGCAUUACGGAGGUGGAAGCAUCAUAAUUAGCUUCUUGGAGUCAAUUAGAAUAAACAAAGAAUAGAAAUAACUUUUAUACCUUUGUGGGGAAAUUCAGCUGCAGCAGGAAUGUGAAACAUGUAGAUUUAUACACAAUAAAAAUAUAGAAACAUAAGUGAUAAUAUCAUCCUAAACAGCAGCAAGGUCAAAUAUACAACAUAGGAAAUAUUGUUAUUAAAAUUAGCAUAGUCCGAUAGAGGGGGGGAAAAAAUAGUGCAACUGAGUAGGAUUUUUUUUUUUAAAUGACACAAUGUGAAUGCAUGUUUGUGCAUAAACAACAGACUAUAUAGAUGAAUCAAAACAAAACUGUAAACAACAGCAGGAAUGUAAACGCUGAGUUUGACUUUGAUGCUAGCAGUGACAGCUCUAGAGUCUUAACAGCUGCUGGGAGGAAGCACCUACAUUAACGCUGCUUUGUGCACAUAGGAGACAGUAGACUGUCACUCCAGUUCAACAACAGCUUUGUCCUAGUCCAAGUACAGAUUGUGGUAAAUCCCAAUAAAAUGAGACAAACAAUAAAAAUGUUCUAGGGGUAUAAAUACUUCUGCAACGCAGAUGAAUAAUGCAUCUGAGUUUGCAAACAUGUUUUCUUAACUAGUCCUAAUAUUACACAUUAUGUUCUGCAAUGAGUGGAAGCUGAAGCAUUUCACGUGCAACUCUACGUUUGACCGUCGGGUUGGUUAGUUUUGGGUGACAAGUGUGAGGCAAACACUUUUUUUUUUUUUUGUUCCAUCAUUGUUCAGAAGAAAACACCAAACACCAGACAGAUGAAGUUCCUGUUUUGCUUAAACAGGGAAGUUAGUUCGGCUCAGUGCUGCAGUUUUUCUUUUUCAUUUUAUUUUUCCUCCUCUCAGAAGUAUUUGCAUCAAGGCCAGGAGAUUAAACGUGUGGGUUGGGAACUGGAGAGAGCGCGUUGUCUCGCUCGGGGCCCCCCCGGUGCCAGAGUUCUCGCUUUCAUCGCGCGGGGUGAGAGAUUUCUCCUGGACGUUUUUCGGGGCUGUGUGGCUACAGGCUUCAUGUUCAGUGGAUCUUUACUGGUGUGCUGCAUCCUGCUGCAGAGGAACCUUGCGACCACAGAGGGGCGUCAUGGGACCAACCGCCACGUCUUCUACGCCGUCCAGAUGAGAGGAGGCGCCACAGCCGUCCGAGCUCUGGCCGAGCAGCACGGGUUGGAGUUCAUACAGCGGAUUGGCAGCCUGGAGGGCCUGUACACCCUGAGGGACAGCAGGGGGCGCUCUGAUAGAGUCACCUUUGAGGGGAGACUUCUGUCUGCAGCAGGGGUCCUCUGGGUAGAGAGGCAGCGAUGUCAUUACAGAGACAAGCGGGUUCCCCUGAUGGGACGAGACUACGGUCGGACGAAAGGUUCCCAGAGGAAACGGCCUCCAGCUGACAGCCCGUCUGAGGAGAGGAUGGACGACCAGUCGCUCACCUUCAACGACCCGCUCUGGCCCAUGCAGUGGGAGCUGUUCGCACAGGGUGAAUACAACUCUAGUGGGUUUGACCUGAAUGUGAUGCCAGUUUGGAGGAACAACAUUACCGGCAGCGGCGUGGUGGUCAGCAUCAUCGAUGACGGUGUGGAUCACACAAACAAGGACCUGAGGAAAAACUUUGAGGCCCUCGCCAGCUUUGACCUGCGGGCCUCGCACGGUCUGUCUCAUGAUCCCAUGCCUGUCAGAGAUGAGGAGAACAGUCACGGCACGCGCUGUGCCGGUGAAGUUGCUAUGGAGGCCAACAACUCCUACUGCGGUGUGGGCAUCGCCUUCAAUGCCAGGAUAGGAGGUAUCCGUCUGCUGGACGGCGUCGUCACGGACGCCAUGGAGGCCUCGGCUCUGACCUACAACAUGCACUUCAUCGACAUCUACGUCUGCAGCUGGGGCCCGCGGGACACCGGGGCCGAGAUGGACGGGCCGCACCGCCUGACGGAGCGAGCCCUCCGGCUAGGAACUCAGAAGGGCCGACGUGGGAAGGGCAGCAUCUUUGUGUGGGCGGCGGGUAAUGGUGGAACGCAGCGUGAUCACUGUGGUGCAGACGGGUACGUUAACUCCAUCUACACCAUCGCCAUCGGAGCCGUCGUCCGGACCGGGAAGCCCGCCUACUUCGGUGAACCCUGCCCUGGAGUGAUGGCCGUCACCCUGACAGGUUCCAACAUGGGAGACUCGCUACCUUUGGUGACUGUGACCAACACUGGAGAUGGGUGUGUCACCCGCUUCCCAGGUACCUCCAGUGCCGCUCCGAUUGCUGCAGGGAUUCUGGCUCUUGCUUUGGAAGUGAAUCCGUUGAUGACGUGGAGGGAUGUUCAGCAUCUGAUCGCCAUGACGGCAAAGAUCCCCGAUCCCGAAGAGCCGGGCUGGACCAUCAAUGCAGCAGGAUACCAUGUUCACCACAGGUAUGGGUUUGGCGUGUUGGACGCUGGGCUGAUGGUGCAGCACGCUGCGCUGUUCCAGGGAGCUACUCCACAGAGGAAAUGCAAGCAAGAGGUCGCAUUUAAUCCAGCCAGAUCCUUUUCUGCUGGAGGCCAAGUGAGCAUCAGCAUCGAAUCCGAUGCCUGCCGAGGGAGAGCUAAUGAAGUCAACACUUUGGAGCAUGUGCAGGUGAGAGUGAGUAUUUCGGCGCCGUGUCGCGGCGACCUCUCCAUAAGUCUGGAGUCUCCGGGCGGCACAGUGUCUCUGCUGCUGGACACCCGGCCCAACGACGCCUUGGCUGCUGGCCUGAAGAACUGGACCCUGAUGACGUUGCACUGUUGGGGCGAGCAGCCGCGAGGCCUGUGGACCCUGAAGGUGGCCGACCAUAAAGGCAGCGUGUGGAGCUGCAGGAGGCAGAGCGAGGAGGAGGCUGCCGGAGCUCUGCUCAGCGCCGCACUCAUCCUGUACGGCACCCACCGCCCACACAAGGCCACGCUCGAGGGGCCCCUGCAGAGCGUCGUGUCCAUGGGGGGCCGUCACCCGGUCCCUCACGGUGGGCUCUACCGGAGGGACCGCUCCCCUCCUCUGGACGUGCUUCAGUGGGUCUUCCACAUGGAGAGGGACAGCAAAGUACGAGCUAGCGACAUCACUUUGCCAAGCAAACACAAGAUAUCGGAAACUACAGGAGGCAGAGCGACGAGCAUGAACCUCAUCGAGCCUCCGACGUGGAGGGGGGCGUUGAAGCUACGUCCAUCAGAUGUUCAGCAGAUGUCCAGACCUGUUCUCGCGACGAAAACAGAGCCGAAAGGAAGAAGACGGACAGACAGAACUGGUCCUUACCAUCAAGAGACUCAAAGGGUGUCGCCACGAAGACGGACCAAUUGGACCAAUCAGAACCACUCCACUGUAUUAAUCCUCCCAUGCAGCCCCGUCAAUCUCCCCAUCUUUGAUGCACACAACAAUUACAGUAAAGAUGAAAGGCGUGGGUCGGCCGCCUUCCCAUUAUGUAAGACCUGAAACAGGGAGAAAAUGACUGAGAUGCAAGCAUGCUGGUCUGAAAUAAUAAUAAUAAUAAUAAUAAUAAAACUUUUAGAGGCAGAUGGACAUGUGAUGUGUACAUCACGUUCUGUGCUCAAACAGUGAAUAUUGAAAGAAGUAGAAACAGAAUUACAUGACUAAAUGUUAAAGUUGCAUGUAUAGAAAAAGAAAACUAGAAUCUUUGCAGCCAGCCCAAACAACAGCAAACUUGCAGCAAUGAAUACUAAGAUGUUUAGCAUUUACACUUAAAAAAAAAAAAAAAUUGCUGCUAGAAUUCAACACAGAAAAGAAAUUUGCAUGCAUUUUAAUCUGGUAGAUUUUAAUCAAUUAUACUAAAUUGGUAUUAUGUAAAUGUAACAACUGAAAGAUUAAUGAAAUCCAAACAGAACAAAAUGUUAUUAAAUUCUAAUUAUUAUGAUGAUUUUAUUCAAAGGGUUUGUCCAUCCUGGAAAAAAAAAACAAACAACCAAAAAGUAAGAAUUGGUUCAUAAUGAUAGAGCCACGAACCGUUACUGAAAUAGUACAAACAUUUUGUAUGUCUCUCAUAUAAUUUAUUAUGCUAAUCUUUUCAAUAAAACCGCAGCUGAGACGCAUAAUGAAGGUUAGCAUGCUAGCAGCUUUGUCUUUAGCAUUAGCGCUGUCGCUAAGCGACGUGUCAAAGGUGGACACGAAGCGAAAUACUUAAAACUAUAUAAACUGUUAUAGAAAUUCUUAAUGUUCACUAAGUUGAUAUUUGUUUAAUAAUGGGAUCCAUAAAGACAUAUGGAGACAGCCUUACUUCAAAGUUUAGUAAUGGCUUGUUACAAAGUUAAUAACGUAGCUAAUAAUGUAGCGAAUCUUGUUAAGAGUUUUCCUAUUGUUGCUCUUACAAACUAAUAUGCUUGAUUGCAGUUUUAAGAUAUUUUUGGGCAAACAUAUCAAAACGAAUUGUUUUGUGUAGUUGUGCCUCAUUCCUCCUUUCAGAGUCAGCUCAGUCAUUUUUAGUGAUUAUUAGAGACCUUACUGGUGAAAGCCUUUUAUAUUAUUGUGAUUUUUACUAUUGAUUACAGAUGCUUAGAUAUGAAUAAAACUUAUUUUCUUCAACUGUGACCAUAAACCUUGUUGUCUCGACGUUUUGACGUGUUGAACGUCUUUAGCAUGAAUGCUGUUUUGUAGACACAACGGGAGAAACAUGUUAAAAUUUAGAUAACAUGACCACCCUGCAACAAGGGUUCUUCUAUGAAGCUGGUCAGUAGCAUUCUGCUACUUUCUCUGCAUCAUAUCAGUAAAAAAAUUAAAUAAAACCUUACAGAAGUGUUAGUCUUUUCAUGGACUCCACAGUCCAAUCACAGUCUAGUUGCUCCAUAUUCAAAAAGCCUCCACCUUGGAUUCUCUGGGCCGAGUCGUGUGAGGAGGAAGUCGACGAUUCUGAAAACAUCUCAUAUCCAACCAGCCCCAGCCUUUGAUUUCCUUUAUUACCCGAGCCGUGUCUUAAUAAAAUCUAAUUAUUUCCGCUCGCAGGACGUUUUCGGGUGAGAAACUGGCAGAGGGAUGUGAGCGGAUGUAUGGGGGAGACAGUCGCCUAAUUAGAGUGUUAGAAAUUGAAUCUUUACAGCACACGGGUCAUAUAAUUAUCCUACUGUUAAUUUAACGCUUACAUUCCCCACCGUUCACUUCACUCCCUUAAAUGUAGCUUGGCAGCAGCUCGGCACCCCGGUGCCUGGGAGGAGGGCCCCCAUCGUUGGCCCUUCCGAGCGACUGAAUAACAGCAGACCCCGAAGUCCAAAUAACAAGGCUCGCAUCGUUUAUGCAUUGUUAAGCCGUGUAAUUGAAACGAGCCGUAGUUUGCAUAUUACGCCAUUAAAAUAAUGUGCUUCGCGUUUCUCCCAACACGACUGUUUAAGCCUGUGUGGCGAUGUGGUAAUUCCUCGAAUUACAGCCUAAUUACCACAAUGUUCUUUUGAUUUGGCCGAUUUCAAUGUUACGCCACAAUAAUGUGGAAUAUUAGCAGAAUGAAUGACCGAGCCGUGCCCGGAAACUUUCCGCCGCGGCAUAACUUAAAUCCUGGCGGCUGCGUGAGCCGUCAGUGCAGCUGGAGCCACAUCUAUAAAGGAUUAUUAGCCUAUGAAAUGAGAUCCAUUAAAGGCCCAAUCACAAAUCUUUCAUUAAAGAGCUCGGCUUUACGUGGAAUAGGACCAUUUUGUGUGCGUUACUCUCUUGAUCCUCAUUAUCCACUUUAAAUCACAGAGUGUGCAUGUAUUACUGCUGUAAACAUCGUAAUGAUGUUUAUGCUCGCUAUAAAGAUGUACUUAAUUUAUGACAGGUACUGGGAAUUAACAGCAUAUUUGCAUUUCUUGUCAUUUUUUUGUCAACACGCGCCUUUAAAAUAAUAAUGUAGUAAAUUAUUGCAGUUUAUAGCUAUAAAUAUAGUCAGCCUUUUAAAGUCUGAUACGAUAACUUGUAUUCAGAAAGCAACAUAGUUCCAAUUUGAAAUCUGCAUUUGAUUCUCCGAACUAGAAGUUGAGAGGGUCGCCUUUAAUUUCUCUGUUUGUAUCAUAAUUGAUACAUUAGGCAUGUGUGGCUGUAUUUAUCAAGCUCUCCCAACCAAACGGAAAUUUUUAGUUUGCCUUUAAAAACUACACAGUUAAGCAGCAUUAACCACUGUACAUUUGAUCCAAUCAAAAACAGGGGGGAAAAAAUGAUGCGUUCUGUGCUAUUGAGAUAAAGACGGUUAUAUCAAGGCCUCACAAUAAACAAUAAAUCAUUUAGUCACAUGGUGAAUUUAAAAAAUCUCAAUAAUUUCUUUUUCUCUCUUUCCUUCUAGCAAAAUUGGUCUUCAGUUUGAUGCUUUGGUCUCAACUAGCCAUUUUUUUGAAGGACAAUUUUGUUUAUAGAAUCUUCAUGAUUCAUCUUAUUUGUUGUUUCUGCUGUUUUGUUUGUUUAUUUCGGAUAUUUAAAAUGUCUUCCAGUUCCAGUGUUGAAUGUGCGUUAAAAUUUAAAGUUUAUUGCUUUUCGGGAAUGUGCUCUUGCAUUGUCAUGCCGUCACCAUUAUAUUACUUGAAGGUGGCCUCAAAACAACAAUACUAUCGUUUACCGCGAUAUCCUCUGGGACAAGUUAUCGUCUAUCAAAAUUUGUAAUCGUGACCGGCCUACUUAUAGCUCCUAUUAAGAUUAAAAUCGUCCACCCUGGUCACUAAAAAGCAGAACCAAAGAACCCAACAUGCUCCAAAAUAACAUCUGCCUCUUCUAAGUUGUUGCAUUUUAUAGCUAUGAUCAAAGGGGCUUUCAAAGCAUUAGGCAAAAGAUAAUAUUCAGAAAGUAAUAGUUUUCAUUUGAACUCUUUAUUUGAUGCUUCUUACAAAAAGUUGCCUUUAAUCUCCGUCUGUUUGGUAUCAUAAUUGAUACAUUAGGCAUCUAUGGUUGUAUUUAUCAAACUUUCUCAACCAAAUACAGUUAUAAUUUGCAGUAUUAUAGUAUUUAAAAAAUAAAUACAGAUUCAAAUUGUCCACCCUGGACACCUAAAAAUAAACAGCUUUCAAAGCAACCAUAACAUUUUUUUUAGGAACGCCGUCAACCAGCACAUGGAUGAUAAAACAAUCCAUUCCGGGUCAGAGAGAACCGAACCCGGUGCAAUUAGCACCUGAAUCUCGAGAACAUUGUUCUCAUGUUCCCGUCUGCACAUUUGACAUGUGUCCUUGUGUGAACUUUUUAAUUUUAUUUUGUUGAAUAAAUUAACAUGGCUGAAAAUGA